AUGAGCCACUUUGCGCGCAGCAACGCCGUCCAUUAUGCAGCCGCGCCGCCGCCCCGCAAACAGGUGAGGGUUACUGUACUUUUGGCGACACAAAAAGGGUGUUGUGUUCACACAAGAUGCAGAUCGAACAUCACAAACACAAACGUGCAUCGCUUUUCGUCGGGAAGUUCGUACUGUGCUCACUUGAUCAAAGAACCUUGUCACUUUUUGUGUAUCUUAGUACCUUUUCGGUCAACUCGGCCGGUUUGAGUCUCCAAAAAAGCAGGCAAUGUAGAAAGGGAACCAAAUUCAGAAGCAUUCUUGCAGGUCUCCUCGCCUCUUCCGGACCAAUCGCGGCGGAUCUACGAGCGAGGCCACGCCCACUCCCGUUCCUGGAACCCCGGCGCCCAACCAUCUACGCCGCCCCCCAUCCUCAACCCGAAUCCCUACCGAUUCUACGAGCCGACAAUACUGCCCGCCGACGAGGAUCCGUAUCUAGUGCAGUCCCGCCGGUUGGACGUGCCGAUCAUCAACGAACCGCCGUCGCCGACUCCGAGGGACCAGGGCGAACGGCGGAGAAGCCACGUGGUGCAGCGGCAGGCGAAGAGCUUCGAAAACCCGGUGCACCAGCGGAUGGCCUUGGAUCACAGGGCGUUCACGCUGGCUUCGACGCAGGAAAGGAAGGAAGUGUCGGCGGCUUGUCAGUCUCUUUGGGCGGCCAAGGGACAUUUGGAGCAGUUGGAUGCUCUCGGCAUCUCCGAACCUUCCUCGGUCUCCACCUCGUUCGAAUCGAACACCGACAGCCAGGCGACUGCGGAUACGGUGGAACGGCAGGGCAAUCAGAUGGCCAAGGCCAAGAGAUCGGUCUUCAAGUGAGUACAACUUGGUAAUGAAGGGUUUAAGGGUAAAAUGAUCUGUUACAAAGUUGUAGAGCAUAAAAUUCUUCACAACUUCUCAGUUGUCAACUUUUUGAAACGCGCAUCGGUUCUCGAGUUAUAGACCCUCAAAUCCGUUCUAGAUCCCACCGAAUUCUGCCCGUCGCACCCGACGAAUACUCCAUCUUACAGCAGGUUUUUGCAUGGGAAUGCCGCAGAUCCCACUUUAAAAACUUGUACACAUAGACCCCCGAAACCAGCAGAAAACCCGAAAACGAUUACAGUAAGCCAGUCCACGUGGAUGGGUACGGUAGUCUGCCGCACAUCGUCAAACCCCAUUUGUUGGAGGUCAAAACUCAGAGCUCCGAGAGUCGCAAAAACUCGGCGCGGCAGUGGUCCCGGGAGAGAAAACGCAACAAUUUGUGCGUUGGGUAGUAUUGUAGAGCAACAACAAACGUUUUGUCAUGCCCUCCCAUCCCUGAACCCUCGACCGCCAACCCUUAACCCUCGAAAUCGGACCCCGAGCCCCCAAAAACAGUCGCUCACUUCAGAAACAUCCUCCUCCAGCGUCAAUUCCUAUCAACAGCGGCCGUGUCGAGUAUGGAGUCGAACAAUUCGACGGACGACAGCGAUCAGCGCUUCUCGAACAGUUUCGACAGUACCCGAAGUGAACUGGGUACGGUACCCCCACCCAUUUCAGCUCAAAACCGUCUUUGUUUGUUUCUUCAGAGAGGAGACGCUUGUCGCUGAUGAACCAGGCCGACGCGAACUCUUCGGAUGAGGCGUGCUCCAGUCAGCAACGCAUAAAUGCUAGGGAUUAUAGGUACAGUACCCCUUGGAUACUGUAGUUAACCUCUUUCGUUGCAGUGUCGACCAACGCAGUGACUCUCUGUUCCGUGAAUGGAGUCGUGUGGAUCCGGCGUACGGUCCCGUCGAUCGAAGGCUUCUCAGGGGUCACACUGUCGACCAUUCUGUCAUGAAGUGAGUUGGGCGUCGAUGCACCAUGUUUUUUUUCGGUGUUGAGCAGCAAAAACAGUGUGGGCAACACCAAAGUUCCGGAAUGAACAUUGGCCGAUGCACCAUCUCAGACACACGUUUAAUGACAUUUUCCCCGAGUCAUCACGCCACGCGUUUCAAGUUCAACAGCUUAUCGAUAUUGUCGUUAUCAUCAAAAAUGCCCUGAACCCGAAAAAAGACGCAAAUUUUCAGUCAACCACGUCACUUCCAACGCCAAUUCUCGCUCGCCACGUCGCCGAUCGCUCAAGCAGCGCCGCGCAGACAACAGACGAUGGUCUCGUAUCGAAAUGGAUAA